AAAGUCGGCUAACUUUAUUCACACGGAAAUUCAGUUGAAGGUUUCUUAAAAUGUCGGCUAACAUGGUUGACACGAAAAUCCAACCAAGAUUUCUUCAAAAGUGUAGCCGCCUAAACUAUCAAGAAAACGUAAACCAUGCUUACCCAGACAAGGGCAGAAUAGUCAAUUAAGAAUACCAACUUUUUUAUUGAAAUUCAGUUGACCUUUUUUAUUUUUUCAAUUCAGGGUUUGUUGCAGUAUUUCAAUCUGGUAGAAGGAUGUUUAACCAUGAUUAAAUCAUACCAACAACAUAACAACUUCACCUACAACUGGAUAGUCCGGACCCGCGUUGACGGCUACUGGUCAAACCCACUCCGACCAGACCUUUUCAUCCCGGGUCACUACGUAGUCCCAUCCGGAUCCUCUUACAACGGUCUCAACGACCGUUUUGGCGUCGGAGAUUUCAACACCUCCGUCGCGGCCCUCUCCCGCCUUUCCAUGCUCCCUGAACUCGACUCAGCCGGGUUCCAUGAACUUAACUCGGAGUCAGCAUUUCAAGCCCAACUCAAACUACGUAACGUAUCAUAUCUCACCAAACGUAUCCCCUUCUGCAUUGUCUCCGAUCGGAUGUACGAAUUCCCUCCGAAAAGGUUCGGUGUUCCUGUGGCGGAUAUAGCGAGUAAAGGGCCGUUGAGUGGGGUGAAAUGUCGUCCAUGCACGUCUGUGUUUUCGACUCGGUGGGCUGAAGCUGUUGUAAACGGGUUGGAUCGGCAGUGGAGUUGGACCGAGAGCGCGAAUGGGACGCUUCGGCUUUGUGAUGGACAUGGUGAAUGGGAACAUGGUUGGGAAACUUUAUUUGAUAAAGUCGCGGGGAAGAAGUUGGCGGCGGUUAGAAAAAGAGUAUCAGGUUUGUCGUUUGAGCAAUGUGUGGAGGAUUUUGAGGAAAUGAGGCGGCGGUCCUCUGUGUGGGACGCACCGCACACGGCUGAGCUUUGUCAGCCGGUGAGAUAGAUGGAAGAGAAUUUUGUUUCAACUUUUUUUUUUUGUUUUUCUUAGUUAGAAGUGUUUAUAAUAUAAAAAGGAAAUACAAAAUAUGAUGAAAUGAGAUACUUGGUAGUUGGUACAUACUAAAUAUUCAAACGAACAA